AUGGGCAUUUCUACAGCACCGGACGAAUACCAAGCCUGCAUGGAGAAGAUUUUUGGCGAUCUGGCUUUUGUCGUAGUCUAUUUGGAUGAUAUACUCGUCUACUCCGAUAGUGAAGAGACGCACCUAGAGCACCUACACAUUGUGUUCAAGCGACUAACCAAGUAUGGGGUAACUCUCAACGGAAAGAAGUGCCACAUCCUCAGACAGUCCGUCGACUAUCUCGGCUUUACGCUGACAUCUCAAGGGAUCCAGCCCCAACAAAAGAAGAUUCAAGCCAUCCAACAAAUUUCCGUCCCCAAAACCAGGAAGGAACUACGCCGCUUCCUCGGAAUGAUUAAUUACUAUAGAGAUAUGGUACCCAACAAGACGGCAUUGUGCCAACCUCUCAACCGAUUCACCAGCUCCAAAGUCCCGUUCGACUGGUUGUCUAGCGACACGGAAGCAUUUCACGCUAUCCAGAAAGCGUUUGCCCAAGCCGUACUGCUCGCGUUUCCUGACUUUGAGCAACCAUUUCACGUCUACGCCGAUGCCAGCGGAAAGCAAAUCGGUGGCAUCAUUAUGCAGAAGAACCAGAUUCUCGCCUGCUAUUCCCGAAGUCUCAACAAGCAUCAAGUGAAUUACACAACGAUGGAGCUUGAGCUCCUCUCUAUCGUUGAAAUGCUGCGCGAAUACCGCACCAUGCUGCUCGGGUUCCCUGUGGUUGUUCACACCGACCAUAAGAACCUAAUUUAUCCGACCGAAACCAGCCUGCGCGUUAAGCGCUGGAAGCUCCUGUUGGCUGAGUACAGGCUAUCGAUGCAUUACAUCAAGGGAAAAAAGAAUGUUGGUGCUGAUGCGUUUUCCCGGAUGAGAUUCGAUGCGAUGAACACGAAGACUCAUUUGCAGCUCGCGGACGAGAUAUGCGCUACCGCUGAUGAACCAGAUUGUGUCAUGCAUGGUCCGGUUCUUCGCGAACAUCAAGAUAAGGACUUGAUGAUUCAAAAAAUCAAGACAGCUUGCCUCAACGGCAACAACAAUCCUGACUAUCAGCUUCUACCUCUACUCGGCUGCACGCUGGUCGCGUACCAAAAGCGCGUCAUCGUGCCCGAUAGCUUGCGAGAAGAUCUCAUUCGUUGGUAUCAUUUAACGCUCAGUCACCCUGGCGGUGAACGACAGUACAAGACAAUGAGGCAGGUUCUCUACUGGCCCGGAAUGGAAGCCGCGAUCAUCAAGAAUGCGAAAGAUUGUCUAAUUUGCAAGAAGGCAAAGGUCCACGGAGGCAAGCAGGACUAUGGAUUACUACCACCACGAACACUCAAGACGGUGAACCCCUUUUACACCGUUCAUGUCGAUCUCAUUGGUCCCUACGAAGACGGACACUACGGUAUUACCAUGAUUGACCAUGCGACGCGUUGGCUGGAAGUGGGUAUUCAGCACGACAAAACUUCGCUGACCACAGCCGAAAGCUUCGAUCGUGAAUGGCUGUGCCGCUACCCGCGUCCUGUAACGGUUAUACACGACCUAGGAACGGAAUUCACUGGUGAUGAGUUUCAAGAAUUGCUCCGCAGCUACGGGAUACAAGCCAAGCCUAUAACAAGCAAGAACCCUCAAGCUAACGCUAUUUGUGAACGCGUUCACCUCGAGAUUUUAAAUGUCAUCAGGUGCCACGAUGGCACUGACUGGAAGAAAACCAUUCACUACGCUGCAUUCGCCGUGCGAGCAAGCUACCACAGCAUUCUUAAUGCUUCCCCAGGUCAACUACUCUUCGGUCAAGAUAUGAUCACUCGUCAGCUUUAUAACGCUGUAACGGGGCACCCUGAAGCUUGUACUGGUGACAGUACAAGCUACUUAUUCUGA